AUGACUGUCCAACUUCCUACAGUUCGCCCUCUGGAUCCACCCAAGGGUUCCGAUAUUGAUUUUGGAGCUCAAAUAGAGGGAGUGGACCUGGAGGCCUUGACUGAGGAGCAAUUCCAGACGAUCCGAAACGCGCUAUACAAGCACCAUGUCGUUGUAUUGAAGAACCAACACAAACUAUCUCCCAAAGCACAAUACGAGCUCACGAAGCGAUUCGAUCCCACAUCCGAAAGCUACGGCCAUGGCAAGACCAUCGAUGCGAAACGCAGUAUUCUCCACCCCGAUCUGAAGACAAUCCCCCACCAGCCACAAGUCCAGGUGAUUGGAAACGGACUGGUCCCUUCCUAUGAAGGGCUUGAGAACAUUCAGUUAAACCACCCGCACCACCGAACCUUUCACAAAGACCAUAUUCCCGCCGACAAGGAUUACGAGUUUACUCGUUUUUAUCGCUGGCACAUUGAUGCCGCUCUCUAUGAUUUGUACCCGCCACAGGUUACUACAUUGCUGGCAGUGGCAGUUCCCAAGGGCCGUCGACAGACAUUAUUGUAUGACGACGGAACAGGAGAGACUAUGGAUGUGCCACUGGGUACCACUGCCUUCGUUAGCGGGCAGCGCAUGUACGAGCUACUAUCCUCAGAGGACCAAGACUUUGUACGGACGAGCAAAAUUGAAUAUGCGCCCCAUCCGUACAUCUGGAUGAGUCCUGCUCACUCCCGCUCAAACGGUCUUGGUUUACACUCGGAAGGCCUCGAGUUACCAAGCUCCGACCUACCACCGAUCGAUGAAAAGAAAAUCAUGAUCUUUCCCAUGGUUUGGAAGAACCCAGUAACAGGAAAGCUUGCCUUGCAGAUCCACCCAUCAGCGGUCCGCCGGAUUCACUGUGCUGAUGGUACCGUUAUCGAUGACUUAGAACGUGUGCGGGAUAUCGUCUACAAGCUGCAAAGACCUGCGAUUAGCCCCCAGUAUGUGUACCCACACGACUGGGAGGAGGGGGAUCUGGUUUUAUUCAACAAUCGAGGUGUGAUUCAUUCCGUCGUGGGUGCAUUCAAGCCAGAUGAGAUUCGCAUUUUCCGUCAGUGCAAUCUGGCUGCAUCUGAACCUCCGGUGGGAGCUUGA